CCCCAACCCAACCCAACACGCGCAAACCUCCCGGCCUACAAAACCGUCCCCCAUCGAAAAUACGCCCGCCCACCACGUCCCCCAUCGAAAACCGUCAACAAAGAAACCCCACCGUGCCCAAGCCCCCCAAAACCUCAAACCACCCGCCCGCCCGCCAUGGCGUUCCGGCUGAGCAACAACCUCAUCGGCGUCCUCAACUUCGUCACCUUCCUGCUCUCCGUCCCGAUCCUGGGCGCCGGCAUCUGGCUGGGCCACCGCGCCGACGGCACCGAGUGCGAGCGCUACCUCUCCGCGCCCGUCAUCGCCUUCGGGGCCUUCCUCCUCGCCGUCUCCCUCGCGGGCCUCGUCGGCGCCUGCUGCCGCGUCACCUGGCUGCUCUGGGUCUACCUCCUCGCCAUGUUCGCCCUCAUCGUCGCCCUCUUCUGCCUCACCGUCUUCGCCUUCGCCGUCACCAACCGCGGCGCCGGGGAGGCCGUCUCCGGCCGCGGCUACAAGGAGUACCGCCUCGGGGACUACUCCAACUGGCUGCAGAAGCGCGUCGAGAGCACCAAGAACUGGAACAGGAUCAGGAGCUGCCUCCAGGACUCCAAGGUCUGCAAGAGCUUGCAGGACAGCAGGGAGACGUUCGCGGACUUCAUACGCUCCGACCUCUCACCCAUCCAGUCCGGGUGCUGCAAGCCCCCCACGAGCUGCAACUUCACCUACGUGAGCGGCACGGAGUGGACCAAGACGACGACCCCCGCCGGCGCGGCGGCGGACCCGGACUGCGGCACCUGGAGCAACGAGGCGCUCUGCUACGACUGCCAGUCCUGCAAGGCCGGCGUGGUGGCCACCUUCAAGCGCGACUGGAAGCGCGUCGCCGUCGUCAACAUCGUCUUCCUCGUCUUCAUCAUCAUCGUCUACUCCGUCGGCUGCUGCGCCUUCCGGAACAACCGCAGGGACAACGCCGCCUACCGCGGCGGCUGGAAGCAGGGCGGCUACGCCUGAUCGCCCGGCCGGCCUCGCCGGAGGAGCCGGCCGGAGAGCCACUGCUAGCUGCUGCUCCAUCGAUUGGUUGCCGUCGUCGUGCACGAUCAGCGCUCUGCUCUCUCUCUGUCGCUGCCCGCCUGCCCCCCGGUCGCUGUCGUCCUAUAUAUGUGUCUAGGCUCGAUCUAGCUCUGUACAGGCGAGAUUAUAUUACUACGGAUUCUUGUCGUCUGAUAGUUACUUUAUUAUAGUUUAUUAUAUGAUCUCUGAUCAGCAGUAGGUUUUGUACAUGCUGUUCGUUGAUUCGACACACCGCUAUAUAUUCGCAUAUGCAUGUCUUAUUCUACACCUGUUA